CGUGAGUGGGCCUUUGUGGCACGGGUGUUGCGUCUGGUGCGAGCCACUUGAGCCCGUCCGGCGGCGGUGCUGCGCGAGCCAUGGCGUGGUGGGGGUCAUACUACCGGGGCGAGGGGCUGGAGGAGGAGGAGCAGGAGCACCUGCAGGAAGAGGAGAAAGUGGCUGGGGUGGUCGCGGACCAGAGGUUUUCGGGCCGGGACAGCCUCAUCUUCUUGGUGGAUGCCUCCAAAGCCAUGUUCGAAUCCAGCGGGGACGCAGAGACUCCUUUCGACAUGAGCGUCCAGUGCAUCCGGAAUGUGUAUACCAGCAAAAUUAUCAGCAGUGAUAGGGACCUGUUAAGUGUUGUGUUCUAUGGUACAGAAAACAACAAGAACUCAGCAGAUUUCAAGCACAUUUAUGUUCUCCAGGAGCUGGACAAUCCAGGUGCGAAGCGCAUUCUAGAGCUGGACCAAUACAAGGGAGACGAAGGACGAGCACUUUUCCAGGAGAACUUUGGCCACAAUGCUGACUAUUCGCUGGGUGAAGCACUCUGGGCCUGCUCGAAUCUCUUCAGUGACGUCCGAGUGAGGCUGAGCCAUAAGAGGAUCAUGCUCUUCACCAAUGAGGAUGACCCUCAUGCCAAUGACAGUGCUAAAGCCAAGCUUGCCAGGACUAGAGCUGGUGAUCUGAGAGACACAGGUAUCAUCUUGGACUUGAUGCACUUGAAGAAGCCUGGAGGAUUUAAUAUCUCUUUAUUCUACAGGGAUAUUAUAAAUGUAGCAGAGGAUGAGGACCUUGGGAUCCAACCUAAAGAGUCAGAGAAACUGGAACAUCUCAUGAAGAAGGUACGAGCAAAGGAGACAAAGAAACGGACUUUGGUCAGGCUCAAUCUGCAUCUGAGCAAUGAUGUGGUGCUUUCUGUUGGUGUUUACAACCUUAUUCAAAAAGCUCAUAAACCAUAUCCUGUGAAGCUUUAUCGGGAAACUAAUGAACCAGUUAAAACAAAAACAAGGAUGUUUAGUGGAAAAACAGGCAGCUUGCUCCUGCCCAGUGACACUAAAAGAGCUCAGACAUACGGAAACCGACAGAUCGUGCUGGACAAAGAGGAGACGGAAGAAUUAAAACGGUUCAAUUCUCCAGGUUUGUUUCUGAUUGGCUUCAAACCACUUUCAGUGCUAAAACAGCACCACUAUAUCAGGCCCUCCCAGUUCAUCUAUCCUGAGGAGUCCCUGGUGAGAGGGAGUACAAUGCUGUUUAAUGCCCUAUUGAUGAAGUGCUUGGAGAGAGAGAUGGUUAUGCUGUGCAGAUACACCUCUCGCUGGAAUGUCCCUCCUCGCUUUGUAGCCCUUGUUCCCCAGGAGGAAGAGCUGGAUGAGCAGAAAGUGCAGAUAGCCCCUCCAGGUUUCCACAUGAUUUUUCUACCCUACGCAGAUGACAAACGUAACAUUGAUUUUACAGAAAAUGUGCCAGCCAGCCGACAGCAGGUAGACAAAAUGAAGGAAAUAAUUCAGAAGCUGCGGUUCAAAUACAGGCCUGACAGCUUUGACAACCCAGUUUUGCAGCAGCACUUCAGGAAUUUGGAGGCUUUGGCACUGGAUAUGAUGGAACCAGAACAAACUGAAGAUCUUACAAUGCCAAAGUCUGAACAGAUGAGCCACAGGCUGGGCAACCUGGUGGACGAGUUUAAGCAGAUGGUAUAUCCCCCUGACUGCAAUCCUGAUGGGAAGGCUGUAAUGCGAAAACAAGCUUCUGGUGGUCAAACUAAGAAGAGGCCCAAUGUAGAAGUCUCAAAAGAUGAGCUGUGGAGUCAUGUGCAGAAGGGCACUCUAGGCAAGCUCACCGUGCCUGUCCUGAAGGAUGCAUGUAGGUUUUUGGAGUUGAGAUGUGGAAGCAAGAAGCAGGAGCUUGUGGAUGCUUUAACUGAACACUUUAAUGAGCGCUAAGCUGGAGAGGAAGGCCCUGGUUUACGUCUGUCUGCUUAGAAUUUUGAUUGUCUUGUGUGGGUGCUGUAUCUGUUUAGUCUUGCAAUGAAAGAGUGGAGAAACUUUCUACUUAGUUGUGAAAAAUCUCUGCAAAGUUGGAUUCUGUUGACAGUAGUUAAAGGCAGAACUAAAUUCCCUGUGAACUCAGAUUACCUACUGUACAUGGACAGAGUUGUGCUUGCUGGUUGGACCUUAUUCUUUGUAACACUGACUGUGCUAUCUCUGCAAAAAGACAGCAGAACUCACUUCAGUGCUAGAAAACACAAUGAUCUGUGUUAAUGGCACCACAUGAAUUCAAGCAGCAGGUUGAGUCUGUGUCCUAACAGAGGGUAUAAAUAUGUACUACUCUCUAAAACAGCUAGUAUCAGUACUAGUAAUCAAAUUGGGUUCUUUUCUGUCAUCACCAUUACGAAUAUUACUAGUAGAUCUUAAACCAAAAAACCAAACCAACAACCCAAACCCUCAAAAAAAACCCCAAAAAACAAACAAAAAACCCACAAAAAACCCAAAAAACAAAAAAACCCCAAAAACCAAAAAAUAAAACAAAACAAACAAAAAACCCACAAAAAAACCCAAAAAACAAAAACAAAAAACCAAACAAAAAACAAAACAAAACAACCCCACACAACCAAAAAAACCAAAAAAAACCA